UCUGGGUGUUGGGUCAGAGAGAGUUUACUGCAACAGGCAGCAGGGCGGAACUGCUGUUCGCAGGAGGGAAGACAGGCAGUCGGGCAGAGCCUUGGCAUAUGUUAAUAACUAGUCCACACGCCGACGUGCUGGCUUAAAUCGCCUGUUUUUCUGUGGCGACACCGCGGACACCGUCGCGUCGCGUUCACGGGUGUCUCGGUGGGGUUUGAACUUCCCUCACAUUCUCCACCAACGUAUUCUUCGCGAAGGGAGGCGGCGGCGGAGCGCUCGGCAGCCAUCUUUGGACCUGCCUGGGAGUGGGAUCCGACUCUUCUGGCACCCCAGUUACCUCAAGGGUGGGGAUUUUUUUUGUUGUUGUUGAAAUCUACCAUAAUGAACAAAUGUGUCUGUUACAAUCGACUGGCAGCGUUCAGAACCACGAGGAUUUAGCGCGCGGGAAGACCACUUUUAGAAUUCCAGACACUUUUGAACGCGACACGACAUUACCCGACGCGCUGAAACCUGGCCUGUCAGAAGAGGCUCUGAACACAUAUGAGACCACUGUCCUGCAGAUGAGCCAUCGGUGGGGGCUUUCAAGUCGCUGUCGCAGACCCAGAUAGUUGCUGGCGGCAGCGGCAUUGCCCCCCAACUCACCAUUAUGCCCAACAGCAGUCGGGCGGGAAGCCUGAAGGACCCCGAAAUUGCUGAACUCUUCUUCAAGGAGGACCCAGAAAAGCUUUACACCGACCUGCGUGAGAUUGGACAUGGCAGCUUUGGUGCUGUGUAUUUCGCACGGGAUGGGCGGACAAAUGAGGUGGUGGCCAUCAAGAAGAUGUCCUAUAGUGGAAAGCAGUCCAUUGAGAAAUGGCAAGACAUUAUCAAGGAGGUGAAAUUCCUGCAGAGAAUACAACACCCCAACAGCAUAGAGUACAAAGGAUGUUACCUGCGAGAGCACACUGCCUGGCUGGUUAUGGAGUAUUGUCUAGGCUCUGCUUCAGAUUUGUUAGAAGUUCACAAGAAACCUCUGCAAGAAGUUGAAAUAGCUGCAAUUACCCAUGGUGCUCUUCAAGGCCUGGCUUAUCUUCACUCCCACAACUUGAUUCAUCGAGAUAUCAAAGCAGGAAAUGUCUUGCUGACAGAGCCAGGGCAGGUCAAACUAGCAGAUUUUGGUUCUGCCUCCAUUGCCUGUCCUGCCAACUCCUUUGUUGGGACUCCAUAUUGGAUGGCCCCAGAAGUCAUUUUAGCUAUGGACGAGGGACAGUAUGAUGGAAAGGUGGACAUCUGGUCUUUGGGAAUAACCUGCAUUGAAUUAGCUGAGAGGAAGCCUCCACUGUUCAACAUGAAUGCAAUGAGUGCCUUAUACCACAUAGCACAGAAUGAGAGCCCGAUGCUGCAGUCGAGUGAAUGGACGGAAUAUUUCCGAAACUUUGUAGAUUCAUGCCUUCAGAAAUUUCCCCAGGAUCGGCCCAACUCAGAAGAGCUAUUAAAGCAUGCAUUUGUCCAGCGUGAACGACCAGAAUCGGUUCUAAUAGACCUAAUAAAUCGGACUAAAGAUGCAGUGCGGGAGCUGGACAAUCUGCAGUAUCGUAAAAUGAAGAAGAUCUUGUUCCAGGAAGCCCACAAUGGCCCCACAACUGAGGCACAAGAUGAAGAUGAGGAGCCAGAACACAAUGUGGGUAGGACAGGCACAGUGAACAGCGUGGGGAGCAACCAAUCCAUCCCCAGUAUGUCAAUCAGUGCCAGUUCCCAGAGCAGCUCCGUCAACAGUCUAACAGAUGCGGGCGAUGACAAGAGUGAGGUGGAAAUGGAGGGAGACCACACGGUCAUGUCAAACAGCUCUGUCAUUCACCUCAAACCGGAAGAAGAGACGUAUAAUCAGGAGUCAGAACCUCACUCUCGGCCAUCUGAGCCACAGUCGCCACCUGCACACACUCCACGGCCGAGACGAAACCGCGAACACUUUGCCACUAUACGCACAGCCUCAGUGCUCACUCGCCAGAUUAAGGAGCACGAGCAGGAUUCUGAGUUGAGGGAGCAGAUAUUGGGCUACAAGCGCAUGAGGCGGCAGCAUCAGAAACAACUGAUGGCUCUGGAAAACAAGCUGAAGGCUGAGAUGGAUGAGCACAGACUCCGUCUGGACAAGGAGCUGGAGAAUCAGAGGAAUAGCUUUGCUCAGGAGAUGGAGAAACUCAUCAAGAAGCACCAGGCGUCGAUGGAGAAAGAUGCAAAAACCGUUAGCAAUGAUGAAAAGAAGUUCCAACAGCAUAUCCAGAGUCAGCAGAAGAAAGAACUGAACAGCUUCCUAGAAUCCCAAAAACGGGAGUACAAACUUCGCAAGGAACAACUGAAAGAGGAGCUGAAUGAAAACCAGUCAACACCCAAAAAAGAAAAGCAGGAGUGGUUGUCCAAGCAGAAAGAAAACUUCCAACACUUCCAAGCUGAGGAGGAAGCCAAUUUACAGCGCAGGCAGAGGCAGUACCUUGAGCUGGAGUGCCGCAGGUUCAAACGGAGGAUCUUGAUUGCUCGCCACAAUGUUGAACAGGACUUGGUGCGAGAGGAGCUAAACAAGCGUCAGACCCAGAAGGACUUGGAACAUGCCAUGCUUCUCCGCCACCAUGAGUCCAUGCAGGAGCUGGAGUUCCGCCAGCUCAACACCAUCCAAAGGACGAGGGCUGAGCUGAUCCGCCUGCAGCACCAGACGGAGCUCACCAAUCAGCAGGAGUACAACAAGAGGAGGGAGAGGGAGCUUCGACGCAAACACGUCAUGGAGGUUCGCCAGCAACCCAAGAGUCUCAAGUCCAAAGAGCUACAGAUCAAGAAGCAGUUCCAGGACACCUGUAAGAUCCAGACCAGACAGUACAAAGCACUAAGGAACCAUCUGCUAGAGACCACACCAAAGUCGGAGCACAAGGCUGUUCUCAAACGACUAAAGCAGGAGCAGCACCGCAAACUCGCCAUCUUGGCAGAGCAGUAUGACCACUCCAUCAAUGAGAUGCUUUCCACUCAGGCGCUCCGUCUGGAUGAGACUCAGGAGGCUCAGUGCCAAGCCUUACGAAUGCAGCUACAGCAGGAGCUGGAGCUUCUCAACGCCUACCAGAGCAAGAUCAAGAUGCAGACAGAUGCCCAGCAUGAACGCGAGAAGAAGGACCUGGAGCAGAGGGUGUCACUCAGGAGGGCCCUGCUGGAACAGAAGAUUGAGGAGGAGAUGAUGUCCUUACAGAAUGAACGCCUGGAACGAAUCCGGAGCCUGCUGGAACGUCAAGCCCGAGAAAUUGAGGCUUUUGACUCGGAGAGUAUGCGCCUGGGUUUCAGCAACAUGGUGCUAUCAAACAUCUCCCCUGAGGCCCUCAGCAGCAGCUUUCCUGGAGCUUCAGGGAAUUGGAGUCAUCAGCAGCAGUUCCACCAAUCUGGGAGCUCUCAAGGGCCACACUGGGCCAGUGGCAGUGGCAGUUUAGGCGCAGGGUCAAGUCACCAAGGCAGCCUUCACCACUAUCACUCCAGUCCAAGAGGGGCAUCUAUGCAGCAGGGCUGGGGGCAGGGAGGUGGGGGGCCAUCCCCGUGGGGCCACGCGUCAGCAGGAGCCCUGGUGUCCCGUAGCAGUGGAGGUGUACAGAACAGCCCCCAAGCAAUGGGGAGGACACCCUCAGGAGGGCGCAGUGAGCAGGGCAUGAGCAGGAGUACCAGUGUCACCUCUCAGAUAUCUAACGGGUCACACCUCUCCUACACAUAGGUCCCCUGUCGACCUCGGAGUCCGAGUUGAGCGUGGAGAUGUUGAGUCCAACAAACACAGAAGGAGUAUUUGCUGAGCUCUGUGUCUCUCUGUGGCGCCCCUCCAUUUCUCCCAUGUACAGAUGUGGAUGUGUGAGUAAAUAAAUGUUGCUCAGGUCAAAAAGGGCUGGAAAAGGCACAGCCCAUCCUCACAGCAGUUUAUCAGCAAACAUACAGAUCCUUAAAUUUAUGUUACAUUAGCAGUUUGAGUGUCAACACAUUAUACUCCAAUUUGUUUUUAUUUACAGCUCCUCUUUUUUAGAAUAUGUUUCGUGCUAUUUACAGCCAUUGCUCUCAUUUUGCACAUGACACACUGUUAAAGCCUUUGACGUGUGUUAACUAUGUCCUUAGAAAUGUGGUAUCAUACAACCACAGUUUGUACAGGACUUCCCCUCCUUGAUUCACCCAAUUCAUAGUCAUUUAUAGUCUGGCCGGUCCUCUGAUGGUGGUUAAAAAUGCGGCAAACCCAAUAUUUUUCUGUUUUGCUGUGGUGGUACCAGCCUGCUGUAAUGGUCAUUGUGAUAAAUUAGAUGACUCCUUUUAUUCAGUAGUUUUAUUUUACCUGAUUUCCGUUCAUUAGCUAAAAGAGACUUAACAAAUUUAAAGCCAGAUAAACAAAUCUUAACUGUUUUAGGCUUAUGCUUCACUAUUUUAGUGCCUUUUAACCAUUGGUUAUCAAAAUCCCUCUCCGAAGUUUAUAGAUUAACACUUAAAAUUUCAUCAACCAUUUCUAAUCAGUGCCAGUGUAUGUUUUUUCAGUUAAUUCUAUUUCAUCACAUUUUAACUCAAGAUGUCUGGGAGACUUUUCUCAGACGAUUGUGUUCACUGCGUAUGCAGUGGAGUUGAUUAAAAUCUUACACAUUUUAGAUAAAUUAUUUGUGCAUAUCUGUAACUGUAAUGUGGGUGAACUUGCCAUUACAGAGAAUGUCAUUGUACACGUUGAGAGGAGAAAUAGUUUUUGCCUUCAAAAACAAUCCUACUAUUGACCUGUUUAUUUUUAUUAGUGCCUUUUUAAACUGCUGCCUUUUUCAAAGCACUUUAUACAGCUAAAUAUGUGUAAAAUUAACGUUGGACCUCUUUUCCCAAAGCACCUGGUGGAUGAGUGUUUUGUCGGUACGUGCGUUGUUAAGUUGAGGAGACGCGCUAACCUGUGCUGUGAUUUUUAUUUUUUUCAUUUUAGGAGCAAUUUCCCAAAUACGGACAAGGUCUAGUUUAUGGCAACAUAGUACAGUACUGUAUGAGUGAAAGCAUGUUCCCCUUUACGGCAUUCACUGUGUUUUGAAUGUGUUAUCUCCUUAAUGUUAAUGCUGAAUAUUGAAUGAGUGGAGGAUGUGAGGAUGCUGCAGAUGUUUUGGCUUCGGUUUCCAUUAAACAAACUGAACUCAGUUAACUGAAGAUCGUCCUUUAUGUGCAGGCAGGUAGUGUGAGGAAUUGUCAUGACCAUGACAGCAGGCUUGUCUUUCUGAAAAAAGAAAAAAAAAAUGUUGGGGCCCAGUUAAGUAACACUAAAAGUUAAAUUUAAAAAAAGGUGCUAUGUUAAAAUUGCUACACCAACCCAGCAGGACCCAGGAACAAGGGUGACUGAAUGAAGCACAUGCUCACAUGAUGAUAUCCCAACAAAAACACUGGGAACUUGGCCAUAUACAAAAAAAAUGUGUCAAAAAGCACUUAGGUAUUCCUUUUGAUACCUGUUACAGUUCCUAUUUGAAUAAUAUCUGUUUCUGUUCACUCUUUUCUCUGGUUGAUGAAAUAUCUCUGGAGAAGUCUGUAACCUUUGACCUUGACAGCGUCCUUUAAGUGAGGUUUAUCAUUUCCAUACAGAGAAUUUAAAAACACUUUUUUGAAAAGACCUUUAAGGAUAAAUAUCCAUAGAAGUUAAGGAUAUAUGCUCCCCCCAGAAUCACAAAGCUGGAAAUAAAUGUUCAUAUGUGUUUAUUUUAUUAAAUAAAUCAUUUAAAAACUAAACUCACAUUUUAAGAAGAUAAUUUCUCAAACUAACUAUUUAACUGACAGAAUACAAUGAUAUUAGCAAACCUUUCACUCUCCAAGUUGAGGCGGUUGUUAAAUGUCUGGAUAUAUGCUCAGUGGAAGAUAUUCUUGGUCUCAUGUACAGAAUCAAAAUGCCUCAUAUGCAAGUACUUGGUGUCAUCUCCUUCAAAUGCCACUUAGUCACCUGCCGUCUCUGAGCAUCAUCACGGCAGAGUUCACCCCCACAAACCCCCUCCCCCCUGCACACAUUUGACCAUUUGUCCCCAUUCCACUCUGAUUCAGAGCCAACUGUUGAGACGCUGGCUCUUUCUGCAUGUCAUACUGUGAUGUGUUCCCGUCACGUUUAAGGACACAAAAACGCUGGGGUCUCUUUAUUACACAAGUGGGAUUUCAUGUUCCAUGUGUGUAUAUCCUACCUACAGUAGAAAAGUAUGCAUAAUAUCAAGUUAUGUGGGGGGGGGUUCGAAAACGUUUCUUUCUUUUGCCGACUUGUUCCAGCUACUGUAAACCAACACGUUACAUUCAUCAUUAAUUGAUAUUUGAUUAAGGGGAAUGUACUUAUCAUUAUUGAAAUUUUACCUUAAGUCAAAAGCCAAGGCCGAGACUUUUAAUGUUCGGCCAAUCAAACCUCAAAUACAUGCCAGCCUUAAGUUUUUAUGCACAUUUUGUGUUCACUUUUUGUCUGUGUUGUGCGUGAGGGAGUCGGGAUAUUGUUAUCAAUCAUUGUUAUUCACAAGACCUUUUUCAGCAACCUGGAUUUUAUUUGUUACUUAAAUGUUUUGUUUUUUUUUUAGUUUUUUUUUUUACUUUAACUCUGAUGUCAAAUUUUGUCCUACUGACUGAAAGCAAGGGAUAUCGAAUGAGAAUCAGCAACUGAAUAAUGGCGAUCCUCUCUAUGGUCAAACACUGUGCCAUACCUGAGUUGCCAAGCCCAGACACCGCUGCAUUGUCUCGUCUCCAUGGUUUUACCUAUCAUUGGGCUGAUGGCAUGAAAUGUAUGUAACAAAUGCAAGUUGGUUCAGGUGUAGUGUCCAAAGUAUAAAACAAUGAAAAGAAGAAAAAAAAUGCUUGAAAAGAUGAUGUGGUGACAGGCAAAUUAUGAAAAGAGAUUGCAUUUCUUUGAAGGUUUCAGUAUUCUUUGGCACAUUACCACUACAACAUAACCUGUAUUAAAAUGUAUAGAUGGUGGAACUUGUUAUUGAAUGUCAGAGAGAUUAUGAAGACACUACAUAAGAGAUGGUUAAAUACUAAAAGUGGAUUUAAAUUGUGUUUAAAAGAAGAGAGAUUCACACAACAGAAUAAAAUAGGAUCAAAUUUACUAUUGUUUGUAUUAUAUUUACCAUUGUGUUGGCAGAGGGAAAUUGAACAGAAAUCAGCUGUAAUAAAGUAAUUUUAGUAUAACUUGAAGUGUGUGCGUGCGUGUGUGCGCGCGUGCGCGUGCUUUCGUCAUUGUAGUGGUGACGUUACUUCCGUUGCUUUGCACACGAAACACGCGACGGGACCUCCGAAGGGCCGCGGACCACAGCUCGGGCACCGUCCAACCAAAACGGUCCCAGAAGCGGAAGCGCGUGCGACGCGAUGUGCGAUGAUCGUUGUAAACAAAAGUGGAUGUUUAGCGUUAGCGGGCGUGGAAGAAGAAUGUCUCCCCAAUAAUCUGUGACUCGAAGAGUUCCAGGAUGUUGUGUGAGGUCCUGCUGUCGUCGCUAUGGUUCCUGUUUGUCAUCUUCUGGGUGGAGACAAUAAGCGUCUGGCUGUUUCUGUCAAUGUUCUACCAGGACCGGGGAUUUUACCACUGGGGAGAUGGGGUAUUUGCAGAUGAUCCUGGUCAGAUGCUAUACAUGUUGAGCAGAGUUGACACCCGUAUGCAGACAGAAAUGCAGACCUGAGUCGGGGAAAAGAUCAGGAAGUCAACUGGAAGACACUCAAUAAGUGGCUGUUGCAGUUAUGUGACAGGGGAACAUAUCACGAAACGCAUUAGCUGUUUUUCCUUUGCACUGACUGCCUUGCACACUGCAGUGCACAGUCCUUGUUAACAUUGGCUAAUGUAGGCCCAUUUUUAAUAUUAGGUGCUGGAGAGGUGCAUCAUGAGUGAAGUCAAACAGGGAGGCUCUCGCAGAAAAUUCAUUAUAAAAGAUAUGUUUGUUGAGCCUUUUUCUUUUAUUUCUUUAAACUCCAUUUGAGACUUGUACUGAGAUGACAUUUUGUUCAUACUGCCGCUUCUAUGCAACUACAGUUGUUACUGUCUGCAGCUAUAUUUGUGUUUUUUAAACACCUGAUUGCAGUAAAUCUGUUAUAAGCCAGGCGUAUCAGUAACAAAAUAUUUUGUCAAUGUGUUAUGAUACACCUUUAAACAAGGAGCUAAUUUUACUUGGGUCUAGAUGAAUGUCUAGAGCCCAAUAGAUGAUAUGAAGAGUUUAUCAUUUGGAUCGUAUAAUUUUCACACUAAGAACCCUCGCCUGCAAUAAAUGAAAUGGCAAUAGGAGCAACAUUAUUUGAGCAUGAAGGUUUAUUACUAACAUUGGAAACAUUACAGAUGCAUCUUCUGGUCUUUUAUUGGUGGACGCAUUUUGUUCAGAUGUCAUGUAUCUGUAUUCUACGUGGAGCUAAGGCGAUAACAACUAAACCAUGCAUGGCAAGUGCAAAAGCUCCAUCUGCUAUGGAGAUCAGAAAAGAGGACCGGGACGAGAGUGUAACCCAUGAUAGGGAUGUCAUUGGUUUAUUCAUUAAAUGAAAUAAAAGUAUUUUAUUUUA